CUCUAUUCGAAAACAGAACAAACGCUUUACCUCCGGAGCUGGAUGAGGAACUUGAAAUUUCUAUCAGAAUCAUCAGUACAUGGGGAGAAAAAGAAUGUUAAGGAAAAACAAAACAUUAAUUUUUAAAUACUUUCUUAAUCUUAUAAAUGGAGCUUUCUUGGUUCUUGGACUUUUACUCAUGGGAUUCGGUACAUGGCUUUUAUCAGAUAGAACUAAUUUUUUCACAGCUUUGGAUGAAAAUAAUCACUUGAUAGUAUACAUUUUUCAAAUUUUGAUUGGAACUGGAUCUGCUACUAUUCUUCUUUGUCUCUUGGGUUUUUUGGGAAUUCACAAUGAAAUCAGAUGUCUCCUAAUUCUGUAUGCAGUACUGUUAACGUGGGCCUUUGGUGUUCAAGUUGUACUUUCAGCACUCAUCUUCGCAAAGAAAGAGGAGGUUCGCCAAGUAUGGCAUGAUAAAAUUGAUUCAGUCAUUUCUGAGUAUGGAUCUAAGGAUUUGCCUGAAGACAUACCGAAGUGGAAAAUUCUGAAUGUUCUGCAGAAAACAUUACAGUGUUGUGGCCAAAAAAAUUACACGGAUUGGAUAAAGAAUAAGCAUAAAGAAAAUUCAGAACAGGUGCCAUGUUCUUGCACAAAUUCUACAUUAAGAAAGUGGUUUUGUGAUGAGCCACUGAAUGCAACUUACCUAGAGGGUUGUGAAAAUAAAAUCAACACAUGGUACCAUGCUAAUGCUUUAACAUUAAUUGGAAUUAACUUUGGACUUUUGGCUUCAGAGGGUGCCAACUGCAGAAUCAAGGUUCAGAAAUAGUAUUUCAUUCUCCAGUCUCAAUGAAGAAUGAUGAAAGCUAAUGAAAGCUAUGGAUUCAAAGAAACUGUGAGCAUGGAUAGAUUAUUAUUGUGUAGACUAACACUUUGGAAUAAAUAUAUAAUGCAUGGUUUGGCCAAAAUAGGGUACCGAGUUUCAUUUUAUGUUGAUCUGCAAAGGCACUGACCUAAAGUUCCACAAAUUCUCUUCGACUGGUAACAGUGUUAGUCUCAGGAUGGGAGUAAACAAGACAUUUUUAUAA